AUGAGAGGCGCGUUCGAGCAAAUGGCUAGCACACCUCCCUUCGUACCUUUCUCGGAAUCCGUUUUACCCGCGCUACUGGCAUUGCGAACGACUCAUCAGACCAUUGUUGAAUCCCGAGCGUAUCUGACCAGUCAAGGAGCCGCUUUCGAUCAGACCAAACGGCGGCUUGAAAUCGAGCAGGCGAAUUUGGCCGACCAGAAAACCCUCCAGCAGAGUUUGGAGAAACGAAUUCUAUCCCUCAAAGACGAGGCCGAAUCUAGGAUGGAAUUGACGCCCGAACGGGCAGCCAAGGAAAGACUGGACGAACUGAGGCAAAAGAAGAAGCAUUACGACAGGGAGACGACCAAGUUACUCAAAGCUUUAAGAAACUUCAUUGACGGUCACCUUGGAGGCCAACUUGCUGCGGAAGACCUCGGCGGACCGGUCGUGGGAGACAUGAUGGAAAUUGACUCGGAUCAACUCGGCGCUGGUUUCAAUGCUCAGGGCCGACCGGUCAAAGUCAAGGCUAAGGUGGACGAAGAUAAACGACAACGACGCCUCGAGGAUGUUUGGGGUCUACCUCAGGAGGAUGUAGGUCGGGAACAAGGCAACGCGGACGAGGCAGCGGCUGCUGGUCGCGAGAUGCGCGACCUCACGGAGCAGCUUCUAAACCAGCAUACAGAAGCAGGAGGCGACAGCACUGCAGCGUAUGUCAAGCUCCCGAAAGAAACAGCAGCAGUGCGAUUCCUCGUCAGGUCCAAGGUCGCGCAAUUCCAUCCCAGGGACGCGACGAGGCUCAAGCUUAUUGAUUUCGGAAGAGAGCUGGACGACUAG